AUGAACCGGCAAACUUACAGCAUGAGAGCCGGAGGUGGAGGCAGAUCUUACAGCACUGCCUCAGCUAUUAUUCCAAGCAGCAAUAGGGCUGGCUUUAGCUCGAUGUCUGUGGCACGGUCAGGGGGAGGUGGAGGUGGUUUUGGAAGGCUCAUCGGAGGAGGUGGCAGUGGUGGUGGUGGUUUUGGCAGCAGGAGCCUCUACAGCCUUGGUGGUAGCAAGAGAAUAUCCAUUGGUGUUGGAAGCAGCUUCCGAGCUGCUUUCGGGAGUGGAGCUGGUGGUGGCUCUGGCCUGGGAGGUGGUGGUGGCUGUGGACUUGGUGGUGGUGGAGCUGGUGGCAGUCUUGGGCUUGGUCUUGGUGGUGGAGGUGGUGGAUAUGGCUUUGGUGGAGGUGCUGGUGGGCUUGGCUUUGGUGGUGGACAGGGAGGUGGUGGAGGGUUUGGCUUUGCUGGAGCGGGGGGUCUGGGGGGGUUCAGUGGAGGGCUAGGUGGUGGCAGGAACCCAAUGGGAUUUGGUGGUGGCCCACCUGGAAUUGGUACAAUCCAAGAAGUGACUAUCAACCAGAAUCUCCUGGCACCACUGAACCUGGAGAUAGAUCCAAACAUCCAUCAGGUGCGAAAAGAUGAGAGGGAGCAAAUCAAGACCCUCAACAACAAGUUUGCUUCUUUCAUCGACAAGGUUCGCUUUCUGGAGCAGCAGAACAAGGUGCUCGAGACCAAGUGGACCCUCCUGCAGGACCAGGGUCAAAAAAACAGCUCAGGCAAAAACAACCUGGACCCGCUCUUUGAGGCUUACAUCAACAACCUGAAACGGCAGCUGGCCACCCUGCUCAAUGAGAGAGGACGCAUGGACGGGGAGCUGAAGAACAUGCAGGACCUCGUGGAGGAUUUCAAGAACAAAUAUGAAGAGGAAAUCAACCGACGCACAGCAGCAGAGAAUGAAUUUGUGGUGCUGAAGAAGGAUGUGGAUGCUGCUUACAUGAAUAAGGUGGAGCUGGAGGCCAAGGUGGAUGCCCUGAAUGAUGAACUCAGUUUUCUCCGAGCCCUCUAUGAUGCGGAGCUGGCUCAGCUCAGUGCACAAGUGUCUGACACUGCUGUCAUCCUGUCAAUGGACAACAACCGGGACCUGGACCUCAGCAGCAUUAUAGCUGAAGUCAAAGCUCAGUAUGAAGACAUUGCUAACCGGAGCCGUGCCGAGGCAGAGGCUUGGUACCAAACCAAGUUCGAGGAGCUACAGGCCACGGCUGGGAAGCAUGGUGAUGACCUGCGUAACACAAAGGGAGAAAUCUCUGAGCUCAACCGGCUGAUCCAGAGGAUCCGGUCAGAGAUAGAGAACACAAGGAACCAGUGUGCCACCCUGCAGACAGCCAUUGGAGACUCUGAGGAGCGUGGGGAGCUGGCCCUCAAAGAUGCCAAGGCAAAGAUGAUUGACCUGGAAGAUGCCCUGCAGAAAGCUAAAGCUGACAUGGCCCGGCAGCUCCGUGAGUACCAGGAGCUCAUGAACAUCAAGCUGGCCCUGGACAUCGAGAUCGCGACCUACAGGAAGCUGCUGGAGGGAGAGGAGAGCAGGCUGAGUGGAGAGGGACUCAACCCCAUCAGCUACUCCGUCAUCAGCUCCAGCUCUGGCAUGGCUGGUGGAGCUGGGUUAGGAGGAGGACUUGGUGGACUAAGCCUAAGUGGAGGAGGCAGCGGAAGUGGUUUUGGUCUUGGAGGCGGUGGUGGAAGCGGUUUUGGUCUUGGAGGCGGUGGUGGUGGAGGCUACAGCUUCGGAAGCGGAGGAGGACUUGGACUCGGAGGGGGUGGUGGUUUUGGAGGUGGAUUCGGAGGAGGCAGUGGCUUCGGAGCUGGUGGUGGCUUCGGUGGUGGUGGCGGCUAUGGGCUGGGCAGUGGAUUUGGGAUGGGAGGUCCCGGAUUUGGUGGUCGAGGUGGCCCCGGGUUCCCUGUUUGCCCACCUGGUGGCAUCCAUGAAGUGACUGUCAACCAGAGCCUCCUUGCACCCCUCAAGCUGGAUAUUGACCCAGAAAUCCAGAAGGUGCGAACACAGGAGCGGGAGCAGAUUAAGACCCUCAACAACAAAUUUGCUUCCUUCAUCGACAAGGUGCGCUUCUUGGAGCAGCAGAACAAAGUGCUGGAGACCAAGUGGAGCCUCCUCCAAGAGCAAGGUCACACAGUCACCAGGAAGUCCCUGGAGCCCCUUUUUGAAGCCUACAUCAACAACCUCAGACGGCAGCUGGACAGUCUUAUGGGAGAAAGGGGACGGUUGGACACUGAACUGAGGAAUAUGCAGGACAUGGUGGAAGACUUCAAAAACAAAUAUGAAGAUGAGAUCAACCGGCGCACCGGUGCAGAGAACGAGUUCGUCGUCCUCAAGAAGGAUGUGGAUGGUGCUUAUAUGAACAAGGUUGAGCUGCAGGCCAAGGCAGAUCAGCUGGCAGACGAAAUCAACUUCCUGAGAGCUCUCUAUGAAGCGGAAUUGUCCCAAAUGCAGCAGCAGGUAUCUGACACCUCCGUGGUCCUGUCCAUGGACAACAACCGUAACUUGGAUCUCAACAGCAUCAUCGCAGAGGUCAAAGCGCAGUACGAGGACAUUGCCAACCGGAGCCGGGCGGAGGCUGAGGCUUGGUACCAAAACAAGUACGAGGAGCUCCAGGUCUCUGCCGGGCGACACGGCGACGACCUGCGCAACACCAAGAUGGAAAUUUCAGAGAUCAACAGGAUGGUCCAGAGGCUGCGGAAUGAGAUCGAGAGCGUGAAGAAGCAGUGUGCCAACCUCCAAGCAGCCAUCGCUGAGGCAGAGGAGCGUGGGGAGAUGGCCCUCAAGGACGCCAAGGCCAAACUGGCCGAGCUGGAGGAUGCUCUGCAGAAGGCCAAGGCAGACCUGGCCAGGCAGCUCCGGGAGUACCAGGAGCUCAUGAAUGUCAAGCUGGCCCUGGACAUCGAGAUCGCAACCUACAGGAAGCUUCUGGAAGGAGAAGAGAGCAGGUAA